AUGAAACUGUCAUCACUGAAAUGUCGAGCAUCGUCUACCGUUAAUACACCGGUUGACCCACCAUCUGCAAUAACUUCUAAUCCAGCGGUCGCUUCGAUCGACCCUUUUCACCACCAAUCCGGCUGCCGUUCGCCAUCGGCUUUAUGCAACCAGCGAACCGAAAACAAAGACAGUUACAGCUUUUCAGAGACACUGCGCAUGAUCUCCAAAGAAGCCCAAAGUGGCAUGUAUGAAGAUGUCUUUGGAGCUUUUUUUUUCAACGAUAAACGAUGCCAAAACCGAGCAUUCUUCAUGGCGGCUAGGAUCAAGCAAACCUUGUCGAUGUUCUUUUCCAUACCCUCCACCAAACCGUCCCUGUCAUUAUCCACCAUAACCUUGUCCGCCGAUGAAAUGAACGCCGUAUGGGAAAUGAUCACCAAUAGACUCUACACUUUGAAUUAUCUCUUGUUCGUCCUUUCUCCGACUUGCCAUAUUCGAAACCAGUUCCUGUCACAGUUGGAAUACCAGCUAAGCCAGAUUGGCGACGGACAAAAUUUGCAUCGUCGCGGAGGUAUGGAAGCUCACAUUGCCGUUCGAUAUGCGCUGCAGCAUCUUUCAAGACGACGACGACGAAGUUCUGUAAGAGGAUGCAAUCAGAAUUACGACGAGGAAGAAAUAGAAGAUCUGGUAGAACGCGCGCGGCAAGUACUGGAACACUGUCUUCAGAGUGAAUCCAAACUAGGUCAUUCCGAGCGUGAUGCCAUGUAUGUUUUUCACGGGAUGCGUGUAGGUUUACAUGGAUCGUUUGAACCAAAGAUCGAACUGGAAGAAAACGCACAAGUUGAACGUAUGCUCAACGAAGCUGUAUAUACGAAUAAGGAAUUUUCCAAAUCCACCUAUGUGAAUCCAUUCGAAGAUGAUGCCGCUAUCGUAGUAGAAGACGACGAUGAUUACGCAUUCACUUCUAUACGGUCCAUGUCACGUGAAGUAGAUAGCGGGUUUGGAGAUAUACAUGAUACUGCACUGUCCAAAGCCUUUUGA